AUGGACCGUCAGCGAGACCUGGUCUUUUGCCACGAGUGCGAGAACGAAUGGUUCCGCGAUGAGGGCGGCCUCACAUGUCCAGAAUGCUCUUCGGACUUUACAGAGAUCAUCGAGGCACAGCAUGACCCGAGACAGGCUCUUUCCGAGGAAGAAGAUACGCCACACCCUCUCCACGACCACAAUCCCUGGGCAAACACUCCCCACGACGCCCCCGAUCCUGAAGAGAGCCAACUGCCCGGCUUCCAGUACCGCACCAACCCUCAAGGUGGCAUUUCCAUGAGCUUCAGCCAUACUUUCUCUUCCUCCAACCCUCCUCGCAACCCUGCCUCGCCCACUCCUCCACAAAAUGGCCAAGCCCCCGAUGCCAUACUCAGAAUGCUGAACCAAAUCAUUGGUGGAGUCGCUCGUCAGCCACAACCAACCACUCGCGAUGCCGCAAUACACUCGCCAGACGGCGACCCAAAUGUGCGCGUCUUCACCGGCGGAGGUCCCAACUUUCAAUACACGGCUACUACCCGUCUCACUCCUCGCGACGCCAACACUCCCCAAGCCCGCGCCCCGACCAUCGACAACCUACCGGGCAUCCUCAAUCACAUGUUCCAGGCUCCCCCACGAGGCGCUGGUCCCGACCCUAACUUCGAGCCUCUUGGCUUUGGCAACUUGUUGAAUACUCUCUUCAAUCCCGCCAACAUGCAGCACGGCGAUGCUGUCUACAGUCAAGAAGCUCUGGAUCGGAUAAUAUCUCAGCUCAUGGAGCAGAAUCACUCCAACGCCCCGGGUCCUGCCUCGGCCGACGCUAUCGCCGCCUUGCCACAAAAGUCUAUCACAAAGGAAGAUCUGGAUGAAACAACCGGAAAGGCCGACUGUUCGAUUUGUAUGGACGAAGCCCUGAUUGGCAGUCAAGUUACUUGCCUGCCCUGCGGUCACUGGUUCCAUCCCGACUGUAUCAAAGCCUGGCUGGCCGAGCACGACACAUGUCCCCAUUGCAGGCAAGGCAUCAUGCCCAGGGACGCUCCCGAAAAUGCUUCGAGGCCGAGAGAACCUGGACAGGUCGCGAGAAACAACAGAACUUGGGGCCAAGGAGAAGGCACCAGAGAUAACCCUAUCAAUGUUGUCGAGAGUCCUGACCGUCCCCGGACCACCAACGAUGCCGCAACCGCCUCGGCAUCUACUUCAGGGGUUGCCACUGCUGCUUGGGCUCGCAUGAGGGACGCCUUUGGUGGUGGCAGUGGAGGGAGCAAUCCUCCUUCGGGAGCUUCUUAG